AGAGGAACUUGAAAGAUCCAGGCCAGACCCUUUCAUACUCACAAGCUGUGAAGCAGAUUUCCUCUUCCAAAAUGACCUUCCCCUUUCUGGUUUUGUGUCUGGCAUGUUCUGGGCUUGGAAUGGCAAAGGUUGUUCCCCAGGCUGAAGAAAUCCAAGUGAGGGUGGGUGACAACACACCUCUGAGCUGUGCCCUGACAGAACCCAUGGAUGUCGUGCAAGUGACGUGGCAAAAGGGCUCUGAGAAGUCCCAUAAGAACAUAGCCACAUACAGCAAGCUGAAAGGAUUGAAGAUUCACAAGUCCUAUCAAGACCGGAUGAAUUUCACAAGCCUGGGGCUCAACGAGACCAGCAUCACUUUUUGGGACGCCACGAUGGAUGAUUCAGGAUGUUACCUGUGCCUCUUCAACACUUUCCCCUCGGGCUCCGUCUCUGGACGAACCUGCCUGAGUGUUUUUGGUCUCAAUGCAUCUGUCCACUACAACAUCUCUGAGGGUCACUUGGUAGCCGUCUGUAGCGCUGUUGGCUUCCCAGAGCCCACCGUCACCUGGAACAACCUGUUCGAUUCUGCUCCUACACAGGAGGUGGUCAGUCACGCCAGUGGGGUGGUGUCCAUCACCAGCACACUGCAAGUCCACAACCCUCAGAGGAUCGGGGCACAGGGCUUGAUCUGCAGAGUGAACAACACGAACGAGGCGAGGGAACUGCCAGUGAAAAUUAGCGGAGAAGAGGGACCCUCAUUGCUUUGGCUGGUGAUCAUUGCUGUGAUUGUAAUCGUUGUUGUAGCUGUGUGUUUGCUCUUCUGGAGGAAGAAAAUAUGCCGGAGGUGUUGAAGUGGAUCCUUGAGGAUUUCCAUUCCCCUUCCAGAUCAUCAGAGGCCAGCAACCCAAAGUUGACAAUAGAAAUAAUGACUGGACUGGCUGGAAAGAAGCAGC